GACUAUCACUCUGAGAGGAAGUACUUAAAAGAAGGUGACCACAAUACUACGUGCUGAGGUUCCCUCUCACAUCCCCUCUGACUAAGAGAAGAAGCAGUCGUUCACAUGGUCUCGGUGCCGUGCUGAAGAUACACAGGAGUCACAAUGUCUGAGCAGGACUCCGACUCAGAGGAGGUUGUACUCCAAGAGAUAGUACUUCAGGACGCCGACACUGACCACUCGCCCCCUCAGACGGAGGAGGAGGUGACGACGACGACUCCAAAAGUGGCGGUGGCUGCAGCGGCCAUGGCGGAUGACUGUCCCGUCGUCAUCACCCAACCGGGACUGGGGGUUACCACAACAACGGUCACCACCAUCACACAGACGGGAGGAGACUGGAGCACGGGACUGCUCAACGUGUGCGGAGAUAGCACCACGUGUUUGAUGGGGGCGUUUGUGCCGUGUUGUCUGGACUUUAGCUUGGCCCAUCAGUAUGGCGAGUGCCUGUGUCUGCCCAUGCUGCCCGGCUCCACUCUGGCCAUGCGAGUGGGCAUGAGGGAGCGCUUUAAAAUCCGGGGGAGUGUGUGUGAGGACUGGGUGGCGGUGUGUAUGUGUUACCCGCUGGCUGUGUGUCAGAUGAUCCGUGAGAUGAAGAGAAGGAUGAAGACUCAGAUUUACCAGGUGUCCACGGCACUCGAGUCCUCCUGAGUCCACCGACACACGUGCAACAAACUCAAAGUACUCCGUCACCAAACAAUCAUGAAUGACUACCCCAAGACCUGUUGUUAACGGAUGUGCAUGUGAGUGUUAUGGUAGAAAGUCGAACUUCCAUGGAAGAUGUACAAUAUUUUGCCAUGAACCUGCUUUUCUUUUAUUUUUUUUAGAUAAAAGAUCACAUUUGUAUAGAUCCUGCUGGAAAUUAAACAUUACUAAUAGGUUACUAUGCUAUAAUAUGACAUUUUUGGUUACAUAGGCAUAGUUGGGGAGAAGAUCUCCUUCUGGUGCUAAAAUAUCUGUCCUCUCUGUAGCUUGGACAUGACUUUAUGCGUAUUUUAACUGUUGGUGCACACUCCAGCUUUUUCAUCAGGUGUAACAUUUUUUAUCAUACAUAUGAAUAAACUAUCAAUUUAUUGUC